AUGGCCCAUUGGCCAAAGGAGGCAAAGGAAUGGAUUACACGUCCUCGUUUGUGUGGAUGGCCGCAUCAAGAAUUGAUAGACAAAAUUGUAAACAGUGGAUGCCAUGUUGUUCCAGUAGGAGAUAAAUGUUCUGAAGAUACAUUUUUACAAUGGAGAAUCUCAUUUGCAAUAGCAGAAAGAUCUUUGGUUCAUUCCUUUAGUCUCAUCCAACUCAAAGUAUACACACUACUGAAAUAUUUCUUAAGACAAAUAAAGGAGACAUUGAAAGAUACCAUUGGGGAUGAUGACAUCUUGUGCUCUUAUUUCAUGAAAACAGUCCUAUUUCAUGCAAUAGAGAAUUCAAGACAAACAUUCUGGCAAGACAAAAACCUGUUUUAUUGUUUUUGGUUUUGCUUAAACAUUCUUAUUGCAUGGGUCAGGACAGGAUUCUGUCCUAAUUACUUUAUCCAAGCCAACAACAUGUUUCAGAGGAAAGUACAUGGACAUAAUCAACAAAUACUGCUGGACAUUUUGGACAACUACUCUCGGAUGAAAUGGAUGUGCCUCUCAGUAGGUAACUUUAUCAAACCUUCAAUAUGGGAAUUUCUGUGUGACGUAUCAAUGCAAGCUCAGUUUGCAAGCCCGAAGACUUUACAAGAAAAAAUCAUGGAUCAGGAUAGGAAAACUCUUCAUUCUAUAAAUCCCUUUAUCUCUCCCAGCCUUGGAGAGACCGGGAAGGCAUUAUACUUAUUAUCUACUUCAAAAUCAGAAUUGGAGGAAUUCCAAACAUAUUUCUUUGUUAUUGAAGAACUCAGAUGUUUUGCAUUAGAAAUAAACACUGAAGAUCUCUCUGAAAAUGAGACUGCUACAGACAACAAGACCAGGUACCGGAGAUUGAGGAAAUGUAAGUACUGGAUGACCCCCAGUGCUGCAAUGGGCACAAAUGUGUUGUAUUUGGCAACUUUUUAUUUUCUAACUGGAAACUUUAAUAAAUGCCUCGAGAUGAGCAGACGAGUAAUGGAAUUAGCAUCAAACUUGAUGCUGGUCAAUCAAUUGGCUCCAGAAGUACACAAACUGUAUCACCCACCCCAUAGCUGUACAUUACGGAGGCUCCAGAAAAUUUACUCAAAGCUCAUUUUUUUUAAACCUGGGGACAUGCAUCUUCCUCAUCUCUAUUUGGAAUGCAAGAAUGACGGAUUUAUAUGCGUCCCACCUCUACCAUAUGUCCUGUUUUUGAACUUCCUAUGCUGCCAUGAGCUAGGAGACACCUGUGGACGCGAUGAGUCAUUACAACACCUGCUACAGGUCCAGUAUGAUGAGUAUGACGGAGGACAAAAGUUCUAUAUAGUUCACACUUUUCUGGGGAUCUGUCAUCAAAUACUCGGGGACUAUCACAGGGCCAUCAGGGCCUACUGGGAGUCAAAGAGUGUGAAUCCUAACAUGAAUUCUACCACUGAAAGGAUAGCUGUGGUGUAUCUAUGUAUGUAUGUCUCACAAAGGUCUGACAUAGGAUAGCUGUGAUGUAUCUAUAUAUGUGUGACUCGCAGAGGUCUGACAGAGAAUAGCUGUGGUGUAUCUAUAUAUGUGUGUCUCACAGAGGUCUGACA